GUUCAAUUUUUGGACAAAUAGAUAAUUGGCGUUUAUUUCAUCGAAAAUUUUUGGGUGUUGUUUAUGUUUUGUAUAUAUUUGAAAGAUUCUGCAUCAUGCGUGCGUGUGUUGUCCUUUGUGUUAGCAGGUAUCAAUGAAAAGUCAAAGAAGAAAAGGCGCUGCGGUCGAGAGUGAUAUAUUUUUGGUUCACAAUGGAUUGUAGUGAGCCUUGAUGCUUGUACAGGACGCGCGACGUAGAUAGGAACAGAACAAUGAGAGAGUAGCGUUUUGCGCCGGAAGCACCAGCGCGCCUACGCACUCGCAAGACACGUCGGAAACUUCUUGUACAGCCAGCCCGAUAUUCAUUUCCUUGCCUCUGCGCGGCAACUACUUCCUAGUCCAGCAGCCCUUUUUUUGUUCGGAGGACAAACUAGUGCUGUUGCGGAAAGCCGACUCGACAGACAUAAGCAUCUUCUCUGAUUUCGUUUUUUUAUAGAAAGUAGCCGGUCGCUCCGAUUAUACGAAAAUGAGUUCGCUCUUAUCUGUCGGCGGAAGCGGCGCUCUCGCGUCCGUGAUCAAGGUCGUUGAUGAUUUGCGCGAUGUAGGAUUGCAACAGAUCAUCUCUUUGCCGCGAAUUGUAGUCGUCGGUUCACAGUCAAGCGGGAAAUCUUCAGUGCUCGAGAGUGUCGUCGGAUACGACUUUCUUCCGCGUGGCGACGGAGUUGUCACAAGGCGGCCAUUGGAGCUGCGACUAGUACACGUUAGCGAAGCAGUAGUGAAGGAAGAAGGUACUCGUAACGUUUUUGGCGAUGAAGCGAAGUGUCUUUCUUGUCGCUGAUUUGUUCGCGUGUUAACUGACUUUUUUGCGCGAGCGAUGAUUUUCCACUGACUUUUUCGUAUUGGUGACCAAUAGAUUAGACUAAUCAAUGCUCGACCUCUUUAUCAGAUACAAAAUCCUGCGAAUGACCGCUCACCCCUUUUGUUAAGAGUCCGACCCCUAGAAACUACUGCUCACUUUCGACAGGUCAUCCUGCAUGGGGUGUGUUCGGUGGAGGUGACAACACCAAAUUUUACAACUUCGAUAAGAUUCGAGAGCACAUCGAAUUUUUGACGGACAAAGUGUGUGGUGCAAAUAAGGCCAUCAUUGACGACCCUAUCACGCUGACUGUCUACGGAAAAGACGUGCCCGACUUGACGCUUAUCGAUUUGCCGGGUAUGACCAAGAUUGCGGCUGCAGGCAGCGACCAAACAGGGGAUGUAGCACGCAUCACCCGUGAGAUGACCGAGCGAUACAUUCGCGACGACCGCACCAUCGUCCUCGCUGUUUCGCCAGCAAAUGCGGACAUCACCACGUCCGUGGGCCUCAAAUACGCCCGGCAGUUCGAUCCUGAGGGCGUCCGAACAAUCGGCGUUCUCACAAAACUCGAUAUCAUGGACGCGGGCACUAACGUAUAAAUCAACUGUUCAAGUUUGUGGGAACUAACGUAUCUAUAAGUCGAUUGCUGUUAAGGUAACAUCGUGCCGGACCUCUACGACGCCCUUAUGGCAGUCUGCGCUGUACGUUGUGCGAGAUUUAUUGUAUUGUAUCGUUGGACCGUUGUAUCUGUUGCUGCAGGUUGUUAAAGAAUUGGUUAUGCCGCAACAUGCGAUGACGUAGGUAUAGUAUGGAUUUAAAGCCUGACUUCAAUUCUUUGGGCGCGCUAGCUUGUGGGCUAGACCCCCGGUUAUAAGCCCCGCGACCCUUUAGGUUGUUGGUUCACUUAUAUUCUUUGCUAGAUUUUUUCACGUUGCGCCUGUCAUCUUCUCCUCUGAGGGUGCAGAGCAUCGCAUAGGCUAGGUACUGGCAUGCUAGCCAGUGAUAGACUCCAUGAUGAUGAAGAUCCCUAUUCCCACUUAAUAAGCGACAAUUUCUCCUGUGACUACUUAAGCUCUAGGAAUAAGUAACAACUCUUUCAUUACUUAAGAAACAGUUCUUUCACCAUUUAAGCGACAGGCCUUGGCAAAAGAUAGGUCUGACAACAAGCUUCCAAAAAUGCAAACAGGCAAUCCGAACGGUAAAAGGAGAAGACGUGCAUCUUCGAUUAGGUUUUAUCGGUGUGAAAAACCGAUCAAAACAAGAUAUCAUGGAUAAUAUGACUGUAGCAGAGGCGUUGAAAAUGGAAGAGAAGUGGUUUGCGGAGCAUCCAACGUACUAUUCCCUUUUGAUAAUUUUUAUUUUUUUUCGGAACGUCUACAACCGUUGUUCCAAGAAGGUCACGCAGCUUUGAAGACCCUGAAAUGCAGAUGAUUUGAUGAAGUUGAGUACUGCAACAUAGGACGCUCGAAGAAACCGGACGCUCUACUACGGAAGUGAAAACGACGACAGCAACAGUUCUUCUCCAUGCAAAUCGUUUAAAAUUUGUUAAUCAUCAUAUUCUAUUUCUAUUUGUUUCUAUAUAUUCAUAGGUAUAGCCGGGUCGAACCAGGUUACUUUGGGACCAAAGCAUUAGUUGACCGGCUGAUGAAGGUCUUGUCCCUUCAUAUCCGAUGGUUCCUGCCGAAGAUCAAGCGGGAUGUCUUCGAUUUACGACAGAAAAUUGACUUACGAUUGCAGGAACUAGGUGACGGCAUCCCCGAAGACGCGAACGUGAAAACCCAGCUCGUGUGGCGCGAUAUUAGCAGCUUCUGCGAGAUGAUCGAUAAUAGCAUUAAAGGUAGUAGAACUAGAACAAUGGACGUCAUUACUGUUUUUUGCCUCCUUUAAAAUGAUCAUUGCUUCAUUAAUUUGUCGUUUCAUUAAUUAUCAUUUUCCCUGCUGUUGGUAGUCGUAUGAUUUUACUAGUACACAACUGCAUGACCAUAUGGCUAGUACAUGAUCAUGUACUGAUAUUAUAGUUUUGGUUUCCAAACGUUGUUGCAGGUAAAUACGACCCGAAGUUGUCAGCGCUGAUAGAAAAGCACCAGUCGGAGUCCGACGAGGCGCCCUCAGUUGGUGCGCAGGUUAGGAGGCGGUUCUCAAAAUUUCUUGAAGAUAUCUACGAGGAAGAUAUUACCAAAGAUCUUACCGGUACAUGAACUAGAACUAGAGUUUUGAACUAGAACUUACUUUUGCAUGAACUAGUGGCUGCUACUAGAACUAGAAGUUUUGUAGGUCUUAUGAUCACGGUUAUAAUGCUUCAUGAGUCAUGCUACAAAAUUUCACGACUUAGUUUGCCAGUGAAGGAGAUUUCAUACCAGAAAAGAUAAUGUGCUUGUCCUUAUUCCGUGUAUGCAUCUUUCCACGACCUUCCAUGUGUCUUUCUCACAAUUUUUCUAUCAACAGACGACGAUAUCAACCAAUCGCUUCGAAAUUUUGAGGGCGACGCGCUUCCAGGUUUUCCGAGUCCAGAUACUUUCGAGAUGCUGAUCAGCCCGCAUUUGAGUACCACUUACAUAGCGAUUAGUUCUCUCAUGUUUUUCAAUGUGGAUUAGAAAUUAUCAUUUUUUUCAUGAAUGAAAGGGUUAGUACUAGUCGCUUCUCUCUAUUCGUUUAUCUAUUUCGGAUCGAAUCUUGAUGGUAACGUUUGUCCAACUACGUACGGAUGAGUAUCUCUACUUCCUUGCCUCUAACAUGUUAAGGCUCUUGUCUUCUUAGUCAGAUGGCGUUUCACCUGAUAAUUCCAGGUAAGCUUAUCCAACCCUCGUUGGACUGCUUAGCGGAUACUGUGCAAUGCAUUAGCGGACUUGCGCAUCGGGUAUCGUUGUUAGUUUUCUACCGGUUUCCGGAGUUGGGUGAAAAAGUUUUCGAACUUUCCAACACCAUUAUCGAUGAGGAGCGUAUGAAGACCAAAGCAAUCGUAGAGGAUACGGUCAACUCCUCAACAGGUACUUCAUUUAUUUGUGAACGAAAUUAUAGGGAGUUGACUCUGAAAAGUGCUGCUUCUGAUUAGUUUUUCCUGGAUCAUUUACUACAACGAAUAAGACAAAAACGGUUUAGGCACUACUGAUUUCUGACGACUGUGAAAGAAAAUAUAUGAGGAUUCAAUUUUUCGGAAAUGUAUAUCAAAAAACAGGUUACUUUUUUACAAACGACGAUUUGUAUCUUAUCGCGCACGGUGCGAUGCAGCCAACUGCGCAUGGGCAAGGCGGAACCGCGGCGGACAUUGCUAACAGGCAAGCGGCAGAAAUGCAGGAAGCAGAGGAGGAUCCUAGCGUUGGCGGUUUCUAUCGGAUGAGAGACGGGGUUGAGUCAAGAUACGCGGAUGCGAAAGCAUACUUGAUGGGCAACAAGCAGAAAAACUUCCAAUCCAAAUACUCACAAGCUUUCUUGCGAGAUAUCAGAGAUAGGCUGGAAGCAUACUUCAAACUGGUACUAUUUUUACUACUUAUGGUAUAGGAAUGUUAUACUUCAUGUAGUUCCUACUUGUCUCCUACAUCAGGUACAGGGUUAGUAAUGCUAUACUUCAAGAAUUCAUAUUAUAUAUGUACCAGGGAGGGAGGCCCCCUCCCCCUUUGGAUGGAGCGGGGGUGGCGUCCGCGCGCUCUUUUUUCCGCGGUGGUGACAUAUAAGGACUCUCGGGGGCGAAGGCCCCAAAAGGCGGGGCCGGAGUCCCCUGGCGGCUCUCCGCGUGUACCCCACAGGGUCCCGACUCUUGGGCGCUGUCAGGGGGACGGGCUCCGGGGGAAGAAGCCACCGACUAAAGGGGGACGGGCCCGGCCACCGACUAAAGGGGUCAAGCCUUGCCACCUGCGGCCCUCGGGGGCCUUCCACCUCCCAAGGAGCCCGCCAGGUCUGUAGGGAACGUGCAACACGGCAAGGGGGUCCAGUCUUGCCAGUUUCGCCAGGUUGGUAGGGUACAUGCCGCACGGCAAGGCGGUCCAGCCUUGCGACCUUUGCCACCUCCGGAAGCCUUCCACCCCCGCCCUUCGGUGCUUCAACGGCCUCCGGGCUGGUGGCUCUGUAGGGUCCAGGCAAGAAGCGGGAAGGGGUCAGAGGUGGGCGCCCGGAGGCCUUCUGGCCCGGCCGCCCCUCGAGGAAAAGGGUCCGGGGCUGGAGGCCCCCCCUCUUCAAAAAGUUAGAUCGGGGGGGCCUUCAGCCCUGAGCCCUGGAACAUAUGGCGGAAUGUUCUCUAUCUUGAUGUUGUUGGGAUCAUGUUGUAGUUGCUCGUUUUGGAGAAUGUCAGAGACGGUGAAAAAAUUAGAAGCGAAGAUGUUUGAUAUCGGGCACUCAACAAGAAUCAAAUGCUUUCGUCGUGGUUUGCAUACUUAUAUCACAAUAUGAAUAUUUAUACCUCACUGUCCUAUGUUCAACACAAGGUCGUGCGAUCUCUCCGCGAGGCUAUUCCGAAGGCGAUCGGGUGCUUCUUGGUUCGUUCUUUCCAGGAGAAGCUGAAGCUGGCGUUGACGCAGAAUUUUCAGUCUGCUGAUUCUCUGGACAAGAUCUUGUUGGAGCCGGCGCAUAUCCGAGACGAGCGCAAGAGCUUAGUGGAGCAAAAAGUCAUUAUCCGGAAAGCACACCAGGUUCUUUCACGCGAUAUCGAGAUGCAGAUUGGUGAGACGGACAGUGGCCUCGAUGCGCUAUACACAGAAAUGCUUUACGGGAAGCAGGCAGCAGCUGGUGCGGGCAUGAGUGGCGGCGCAGCCAGAGCGGCGGCAAGGGCCUCGCCGAUGAUGGGGCAUCAACCAGUGCCCCCGAGCAGUGGAAUGCCUGGGGCUGGAGGCAUGUCAGGAGGGCCGAAUAAUAGCAUAAUGGGCGGCGCUGGCGGUGGUGGUGGCAUGAACCCGAACAUGAUGAACAAUCGAGGAGGCGCACCUCAGCAAACGAUGGGCGGCGGAGGCGGUUUCCCUCAACAGGUACAUCAGCAGCCGCGAAGCAACGAUAUCUUUGCGGCGCAGCCUCAAGUCCAACAACAACCGCCUCCUCCACCACCAAACCAGAACGGCGGCUUUCCGGGUGCUGCGGGGGCGCAGCCUGUCCGGGGAGGAGCAACAGCCGCAAGCAGUCUGUUCGGAAACGCACCGCAGACAAAUGUGCAGACAAACCGUGGCGCCGGUUUAUUCGACGACGCACCGUCUACAGGAGCCCGGAGACCUGGUGCAGCAAGCCUAUUUGGUGACCAACCUCGGCCCAAGCCCCCACGUAAUCGUGAUCCACUGUUCUCGGGCUAACUAGAUGUUUUUCGGGUUUUCACAACUAGAAGUUACUUCAUGUUGACGUGGAAUAAGACCAGGGUGGACUAGCUACUUGGGGAUCCCCCAUGGAGCCCAAGACAGCACCUGGGAAGAAUAUGUCGUAGCCCUGCUGUGUGUGGUGCUCGCAGAAGAUCACAUCCAAGAACAAGUACAUGCACUUGUGAGAAGAAGCACACAACAAAUCUAAGGACCGGCACGCCGCCCGGCGUAGGUCGGAGCCCGUCCGAUCUGCUAUAGGUGAAACAGCCAGUGGCGGAUACCCUACCAAGUAGUCCUCUCUUAUGAGACUUUCGGAGAAACUGAAACUUUCAAGGGACUGAAAAUGACACAACUUGUACCAUAAAUUUUUUGUCUAGUAGCACAAUCGAUUUUAUUCGAACUUGAUUCUUCAUUCCAAACUGGCUUAAAUUGUAGCUUCGUCCUAUGUACCAAUCUCUAUUCAUUACGAGGAAAUUUAGCGCAACAAAACUAUCCCAAUGACUGUUUAUAUUGAGUAAGCUUAUGAAAUUUGAAGGUAAGAAAAACCUAGAAUUUUUAGAAGUAUCUUCAAUAGCCUUUUACAAGCGUUGCUGCGCAUCCCAGUUGCAGCGGACGUCGCUCC